UAAUUAGAACAGACAUUGAUAUGAAAGUCAGCGACUCAAUCUUCACAAAUAACUGGACUCUAGGCGUUUUUAAACCGGAGAUGACCUCGAUUUCGUGGGCCAACAGGCACAAAAAUACUGAGUUUUCCUUUUGAUGGAGACACAGCAGCUGCCUCAAAUUAACAUCCAUAGCCUCAGGUUUGAAAUCUCCAAAUGAAUUAAACACACUGGUUUUUAGUCCUCUAUAAUGGUACCCAAUCUGUUGAUUGUAUUUCACCUGAUUGAAAUUCCAACGGUCGGGAUUGUGUCCUAUUUCUGAAGUAAUAUGACGAGUACAGCAAUUAGGUGCCAUUAGCAAAUAUAAAUAAAGGCUACAGGUUAGCAGUUGAGGAGCAAGAAAAUUUAGCCAUGCUUUUCAGGCUUCAACUUGCUCUGUUUCUAUCUCUCUUGUUGAAAUUUGUGUCUGGUGAAGAUGUCAGCUUCACCUUCAAUGGUUUCCGAUCGGCCAAUUUAAGCCUUGAUGGUAUAGCCCAGAUUACAUCCAACGGCCUUUUGAUGCUCACCAACGAUACCCAACAAGGAAUUGGUCAUGCCUUUUACCCGAAUCCAAUAACUUUCAAGAACUCUGAAUCCGACCCCAUUUUAUCCUUCUCCACUACCUUUGUUUUCGCUAUUUUCCCUGAACUCCCAAAUCGUGGGGGUCAUGGGUUUACUUUUCUCAUUGCACCAAAACCGAGUCUCCCAGGAGCUCAGUCGACCGUAUACCUUGGCCUCUUCAAUGAGACAAACAAUGGGAACACGAGCAACCAUGUUGUCGCGGUGGAGUUUGACACUGUUCUAAGCAAUGAGUUCGACGACAUUAAUAAUAACCAUGCUGGGAUUGAUAUCAACAGUUUGAAAUCCGAAGUAGCAGAACCAGCAGCAUAUUAUGACGAUAAAACAGGCCGUUUGAUCAAUUUGACACUUACUAGUGCUAAAAGGAUGCAAGUUUGGGUGGAUUAUAAUGGCUUGAACAAGCAACUCAAUGUCACUUUAGCUCCAGUCAAUGUUAAGAAACCCAAAACUCCAUUGUUGUCUCUUUCUCAAGAUUUGUCACCAAUCUUAAACGACGUCUCCUACAUUGGUUUCUCAUCAUCCACGGGAACGACCUUGGCAACAAGACAUUUUAUUCUGGGUUGGAGCUUUAAAUUGAAUGGUCAAGCCCAGGAUCUCAAUCUAAAUGACCUCCCCAGGCUUCCUCGUAUUGGAGCUAAGCAAGUAUCCAGGUUUUUGACGAUUGGGUUGCCUGUGAUUUUAGUUACUUCAGUUUCAGUAAUAAUUGCCAGUGUGAUUUAUAUAAUACGAAGAAAGAGGAAGUUUGCAGAGGAGCUUGAAGACUGGGAGCUUGACUAUGGGCCUCACAGAUUCCAAUACAAAGAUCUUUAUGUUGCUACGAAGGCAUUCAAAGACAAAGAACUACUUGGUUCUGGGGGGUUUGGAAGAGUCUAUAGAGGUGUAUUACAAAAAUCAAGAGUUGAGAUUGCUGUGAAGAGGAUCUCACAUGAAUCCAGACAGGGUAUGAGAGAAUUUGUGGCGGAGAUUAUUACUAUUGGUCGGCUUCGCCAUCGGAACUUAGUUACCCUCUUGGGGUACUGCCGGCGUAAAGGAGAGCUCCUUCUGGUGUACGACUUCAUGCCUAAUGGAAGCUUAGACAAGUACCUCUAUGACCAACCAAAAGUGACUCUCAACUGGAGCCAGAGAUUUCGAGUCAUCAAAGGCGUAGCCUCUGGCCUUUUCUAUCUCCACGAAGAGUGGGAGCAGACUGUGAUUCACAGAGAUGUCAAGGCCAGUAAUGUGUUAUUAGAUGGUGAAUUGAAUGCAAGGUUAGGAGAUUUUGGCCUUGCAAGAUUAUAUGAUCAUGGAACUGACCCUCAAACAACUCAUAUUGUCGGAACUCUCGGUUAUAUGGCACCAGAACAUACUCGAUUCGGAAAGGCCACAAAGAGGACCGAUGUGUUUGCUUUUGGGGCAUUUGUACUUGAAGUUACUUGUGGAAGAAGACCAAUUGAGCCAAGAAAACCUAAAGAAGAAAUAUUAUUAGUUGAUUGGGUUUUCUCGUUUUGGUCUAGAGGAGAACUUCUUGAGGCCAGGGAUCGAAGUCUGGGCGUAGAUUAUGUGGCAGAGGAAGUUGAAUUGGUCUUGAAACUUGGGUUGAUAUGUUCGCAGUCAGACCCAAGCUGCAGGCCAAGCAUGGGCCAAGUUGUUCAGUAUUUGAAUGGAGAUGCUCCUUUGCCUGAUAUAUCAAGUAUUGAUAUUGGCAGUUCUUUAAGUGGUUUGGAGGAUUUCACAGAGUCAUAUCCUUCAUAUUCAUAUGUUCCAGAGUCCCUCCUUUCUGGAGGGCGAUGAUUUCAAGCUUUGUAGUGUAUUCUGGUAUAAUGAAUAAGAUUGUCUUGAUGUGUAUAACAAUUUCAAUGAAGAAAAGUUAGUGGGAUUUAGGGCUGUUAAGAAAAUAACCUUGUAAUCGACGGAUAAUCUAAUAAUAUUCUUCUCUCUAGAUAAA